UCGGUUCUGUUUCUUAUAACGUAUACUCAGGCCUCUUUUUUUUUUUUUUUUUUAAUUUUUUCUUUUGAUUUUAUCCAAUGGUGGAUCCAAACCCAUUUCUUCCCGUCUCCAAUCCCGGCUAUACUCCCCUUCCCGGUGAGGCCAACCCAAUUGGGUCUCCGGUUACCCGUCGGAGGUCCAUUUGCCUUUGUCUCGCCGUCGUUUCUGGCCUUUUGGCUCUUGAUUUGAUUGUGGUUUUGAUCGGGUACAGGGGAUCAGACAAUGUCCAAGUUCAUGGAAAUGAAAGCGGGUCAUUGGCUGCCUCUUCAGGGCAGCCGGAAAUUGUGCGCCCUGUGUCACGAGGUCCGGUGGCCGGAGUCUCCGAGAAGGCGAACGGCCAUUUUGCUGAUGUUGGGCGCUUGCGGUCAUUUCCUUGGAACAAUAGCAUGCUUUCAUGGCAGAGAACAGCUUUCCAUUUCCAACCGGAGAAGAAUUGGAUGAAUGAUCCUAACGGUCCAUUGUUUUACAAGGGAUGGUAUCAUUUCUUCUAUCAGUACAAUCCAAAUGGUGCAAUAUGGGGAGACAUUGUCUGGGGUCAUGCUGUGUCAAGGGACUUGAUCCAUUGGCUUCACUUGCCUCUGGCAAUGGUUCCUGAUCAGUGGUAUGAUUUCAAUGGCGUCUGGACAGGCUCUGCCACCAUCCUCCCUGAUGGUAAAAUUGUCAUGCUAUACACUGGAGCCACCAAUGAAUCUGUACAGGUUCAAAAUCUUGCCUAUCCGGCAGACCCUUCUGAUCCUCUCCUCAUCAAAUGGAUCAAAUACUCUGGUAACCCAGUUCUAGUUCCACCACCAGGCAUUCAUCAUAAGGAUUUCCGUGACCCAACAACCGCCUGGUUAACUUCUGAGGGGAAGUGGCGAAUCAUCAUAGGGUCUAAAAUCAAUAGAACUGGCAUAGCUUUAGUGUAUGAUACUAAGGACUUUAAAACUUACGAGCUGCUAGAUGGGUUGUUUCAUGGUGUUCCUGGUACAGGUAUGUGGGAGUGUGUGGACUUUUAUCCUGUGUCAAAGGCGGAAGACUGUGGCCUGGACACAUCCAUUAAUGGUCCUGAAGUGAAGCAUGUGGUCAAAGCUAGUUUAGAUGAUGACAGGCAUGAUUAUUACGCUAUUGGGACUUACCAUGACAAGAAUAGCACAUGGGUUCCUGAUAAUCCUGAGAUUGAUGUUGGAAUUGGAAUCAGAUAUGAUUAUGGAGUUUUCUAUGCCUCCAAAACGUUCUACGACCAGGACAAGAGUAGGAGAAUUCUGUGGGGUUGGAUCGGAGAGUCUGAUAGUGAAUUUGCAGAUGUGAAGAAGGGAUGGGCAUCCAUUCAGAGCAUCCCAAGGACUAUUCUGUUUGACAACAAGACUGGUACUCAUUUACUUCAAUGGCCAGUGCAAGAGGUAGAGAGCUUGAGGCUGCGCAGCAAUGAGUUUGACAAGGUGCAGGUCAAGGCUGGAUCGGUUAUGAAGCUUGAUGUUGGCUCAGCCACGCAGUUGGAUAUAGAAGCAGAGUUUGAGGUAGAUAAGGAAGCAUUAGACAAAGCUCCAGAGAGCAAUGUGACAUUCAGCUGCAGUAGCAGUGGUGGAUCAGUGAAACGUGGUGCUUUAGGACCAUUUGGGGUUUCUGUUCUUGCAGAUGAGGCGCUUUCUGAGCAGACUCCUGUAUACUUCUACAUUGUUAAAGGAAAUGGUGGCAAACUCACUACUCACUUUUGCACUGAUCAAUCAAGAUCAUCAGAGGCAACGGAUGUUAAUAAACCAAUUUACGGGAGCUAUGUACCAGUACUAGAAGGCGAAAAAUUAUCAUUGAGAAUAUUGGUGGAUCAUUCUAUUGUCGAAAGCUUUGCUCAAGGUGGGAGAACAUGCAUUGCAUCUCGGGUUUAUCCUACAAAAGCAAUCUAUGGAGCUGCUAGAUUGUUUCUGUUCAACAAUGCUACCGAUGCCAGUGUUACUGCUUCACUCAAGAUAUGGCAAAUGAAUUCUGCAUUUAUAAGGCCAUACCCCAGUGAGAAUAAAUAAGUUAUAGAAAAUGAUUCAAUCCCAAUUUUUCAUGUAAUUUCAAUGUCUUCAUGGUCAGAUUGGAAAUGAAAUCAAUCUAACCUCAGUAAAUAAUUAUUUAAGAGAAAAGGUAGAAUUUUCGCCUAACGUGUGUGCAUGUCUGUGUGAACUUUAUAACCAAAAACGCCAAAAUGCACACAAAAUCGUGUUGUUCAUAAGGCUGCAGGUGACCUGCAUUUCACUAGAUCAAGAAAAGAUUAGUUUCAAAGUGCCAAAACCAACAAAAAUAAAAGUUAGGAAGGUUG